AUGUAUUGUUCCACAUGUAGAAGGUAUCCUUCUUUUGCAAAUCUACAAAGUUCUUUGUACAUUGGCUGUGGAUCGGGUGGAAAGUAUCGCAUAGAUUCCCUUGUUCAUCAUAACGCGUCAAAGGAACAUUAUCGUUGCUCACUACAAUUUGAGAAAGAUUCAAAUCCUCAGUACCUGGAACCAAUUAAGGCAGUUGUUCAAAGAAAUGUGGUUCAACUAAAAGUGUCGUUCUGCACUUCAGUGCCUGUUCAACACAGCCUUUUUUGUAGCACAUGAAGAACUCGCCUUCAGAAAAUUUGCAGGUCUUUGUGAGUUACGGAAGAAGAAUGGUGUGCAAUUUGGGGAGCAGUACAAGAAUGAUAAAGGAUGCAAAACAUUUAUUAGCUACAUAGCCCAAGUAGAGAAAGGCAGAAUUCAGUCCGCAGUGAGCGAUAGUAGAUUUAUGUCGAUAUUAUCAGACGGAUCUACUGAUUCUGGUAUAGUAGAGCAAGAAGCUGUGUAUAUCAGAUAUGUUAACAGGAAAGGUCGGUCAGUUUGUCAUUUUGUGGAUAUUGUUGCCUUGGAAUCUGCUAAUGCAGAUGGAAUUUUACAUGCAAUCGAUCAGAGUCUUCUUGGGAUUGGCAUAACGAAGACAUAA